AUGGUCAACAUCGUGAAGCGCAUGCGGACUCUCAGACCUAAAGUGGGUGACUCUCUCGCAAUGCUUUUCUAUAUACGACAUGGAGGUGAAAGCGGAGUCGGCGCCGCCACCUUUCUCCCUCAUCCCGCACCUCAGAUUACACAAUUCGAUCUUUUCGUACCCGAGCAGAAAAAGGCACACGAGCCUGAGACAAGAAAACAGAUAUCCGGUGCAUGGAGUUUCAUACGAAAUGCGCUGCCUUCCAUAAAAUACCAUAACCCAAGUUUGGCGAUCCGUGUACAGACAGCAGAUGCUCCGACACUCGGCAUAACCUUCGAAAGCCAAGAUAGGAAGGCAUUACAAUCGCUCGAUCAAAGGGACGAAGGUGCCCAAUCUAUGUCUGGUCGAUUUAAAUAUUCUUGGUCAAAAGUACAACCCAAGACACAGACUGCGCAAGCAGGUGCAUCCGUCGACUCUUCGGAACAAUCAUAUACCAGACAGGUCCAAGCCGACGUCUCCGAUCAGCCACACAAGGCCAUUUGGGAAUACGUAAAGUUCGUCACCAAGUGUGAAGCAGCGCCUGAGGCGACACCAGAGGAGCAGACGAUGAUGAAAGAAUGGAAAGAUACAUUAAGUUUCGGCGGCCAAGAUCGAAAGAGAGUCAAGGCUGGCAUCGAUGAGAUUAGACGUGAAAAGGAGGAACUCCGGAAAGCAAGAGAAGCUGCUGAGAGGAUGACUACCGAGUAA